UGUGUUGGGGGAGGUCUGAUUUAAGUGAGCCCUUAUAAGAGCCAACACAAGCUUCUCUGGAUACAAGACAUUUCAUCCAAGGAUUUAACGAAAUACUGAUUGUGAACAGUGAGUCACUUGAGAGUAGCAGCAGCAACCAUGAGGUUUCACGUUCUCUUCUUCCUUCUGCUCCUCACCUGCAUGUACCUGAGUCUGGCACAAGGCUCGUUUGGUAACUGCUGCCUGGGACAUGUCGAGUCAAUGAAGAAUAAGGCAAAGAGAAACGUCGAAAGUUACAGGAUGCAGGAAGUAGAUGGCGAUUGCAACAUCAGAGCUGUUGUGUUCAUUAUAAAGAAGAAGGCUCCACAUCUUAAACAGCGGACCGUCUGCACCAAUCCGCAUCACCCUUGGGUCCAGGAUCUGAUCCGGGCUGUGGAUAUGCGAAUGUCCAAAUGAACAAAUAAAAGAAAAAGCAGUGGAUGGUAAAAGAAAAGAAGAAACCGGGACAAAGGAGAGCAACUGUUUCACCUCCUUGUCGGGCAUCAUAUUUCACGCUGGACCACAUGGAUUGUAUUUUCGUAGAUUAGGUAUUUCCUGUUUCUGACAGACAAUGUUUCACAUAUAAUCAGUUUACUACUCAAACAAACCAUAUGGCCAGAAAGUAUAGCCAGUCUUGCAAAAUUCAUUUAUAUGAGCCAUUGCUUUUGAUACUGUUCACUCUUCUGUGAUAAGUAGAACCUGCUAGUAAUGAGCCACUAUAAGGCAGCUUUGAAAUGUAUUUCAAGUGUGCGUGCGUGCGUGCGUGUGUGUGCAUGUGUGUUUGGAGUUUUUUUACAGAACAGUUUUUCCUAUAUUUUUGUAUUCACACUGUAACUGCAUUUGGUCUCUCUCUCUCUAUCAAAUAAAGAAAGCAGCAAUUCAAACAAAG